AAAAGAAGCGCCAUCAACGCUAGUUAAAAAAAACUAACCUCUAAAAUGUAGAAAAAAAAAAAGUAAACAAAUAAACCAAAAAAACAUGACAUUAUUUACUGCGUUUCAUUUCCCACAUGGUACUUGUAAGUAUUUAUAUAUGUGAAGAUACUGGAUACUUUUUAGAUUGUAGAUGAUGAUUCCAGGAUAGGAUUGAUGUCAUGGUCUGUCAUAACUGUUGAUUGUUGAAUUUGUUCAAAUUUUUAUCACGUACGAGAUAUUUUAAUAUUUGUCUUCAGUAAUUCUACUUCAUUAUAAGUAUAAGUAAUACCAGAUACUCUUUUUAUUGGGUGACAUUUUUUAUUUUAUUGGAGUAGUAAUUUAAAGUAAAUUAAAGAAAUUCCCAAUCCUCAUAAUUGCUAAUAAUAACUCCAAACAAUGGCUCUGAUGGAUGAUGUUACUUCAGAAGAAUUCGCAUUGCGCUGGAAUAAUUUUUCUAAUAAUUUAUCCGACGGUUUUUCGGCGCACUUAAGUAACAAAGACCUGGUUGACGUUACUCUGGCUGUUGAAGGCCGACUGUUACAGGCACACAAACUUAUUUUAUCUGUAUGUAGUCCGUACUUCCAUGAAAUAUUUAAGGCAAACCCGUGUAAGCACCCAGUCAUAAUACUCAAAGAUAUUAAAUACAAUUAUAUUGAAGCGCUGAUAAAUUUUAUGUACCAAGGAGAAGUUAAUGUCAAGCAGGAAGAACUCGAGAAUUUUUUAACAGUCGCUGAAAUUCUUAAAGUCAAAGGUCUUACAUUUAAUAACGAUGUAACACACUCGGACGAAUUUCCGAUUAAUGGUUACGAUAACCCGGAGAGUGAAGCUAAGAGUGUGAAACCUAAAGAAAGAAGCAAAAAAAGAGCGCAAGAUUCAACUCAACCCAGUAAAAAAGUCAAGAGGUCGCAGGGGUUAUUAAAAAGUCCUUUAAAAACAGAUCCUGAUAAAGAUCAAGAUGAAAAUAAUGUCGAUAAUUCUGUAGAUCAUUCCAGUGGAAUAAAUAAUGGUGAAGCUACUGAUGUAAUCAAAGAGGGUGAGGAUUCAAAUGAAGACCUACUGGCUGAUGACACACUUGAUAACUCUGCAGAACCAAAUAUUGGACCAGUGACAUACAGAUUAUCUGCCCGAGGACGUCCGCAAUUAGUUUACGAAGGGUUCGUAUAUAAUUUAACAUCCCGGUCAGAAGUAUUGAACCGAUCGCACUAUCGCUGUGCUGAACAGCACCGCGGUUGUCGUGGCAAGUGCGCAGUAAUCUCUGAAAGAUUCAUGCCAACUGGAGUUAAAGACCACAACCAUUUACCAGGUUACCUUUCCGAGGAAGAUUAUUGCAAGAAAAAGUCUUACGAAGAUUAAUUAAAUAAGUAACUAAAAAUACUUGCGGGUCUAACGAUUUAUACGAUAAUUUUUUUACUUAAUUUUCUACAUUCUAAGAAAGCUUACCAAUGUACUUAUUUAUAAACUGGAGAUUUAAAUAACUUGUUAGUGCUGCUUGAUUAAUAAUUAAGAUAAUAAACUCCAUGAAGAACUUUUA